GUGGGGUGGGGCGUGGUGUUUAUGAACUGCACGAUCUGUCAUUCAAUAUUCAAUCGAAAACUGCGAGCUGUGUUGGCUUCCAUCUAUGGUUAAAUAGCGGUGUGAAUUAAGAUAAGGGUACCAUCAAGUGUUACCCAUUGAUUACUGAAAUUCACCAUGCCGGCAUACCAUUCCACUUUACUGGAGCACAAUGCUGUCGUUGGGAACAUGGCACUACUGCCUGUCAAAACACAACAUCGAGGACCUGCACCAUCCUUCACUGCCCCAGCAACUGAUAUGGACAUUAUCGAUGAAGCACUUUACUAUUUUAAGGCAAAUGUGUUCUUCAGAACAUACGAAAUAAAGAGUGAAUCCGAUAGAGUUUUAAUUUAUCUUACUCUGUAUAUCACAGAAUGCUUGAAAAAGUUAUCUAAAUGCUCAAACAAACAGCAAGGCAUGCAAGAUAUGUACGCUCUGGCAAUAUCACGGUUUGAUUUGCCCGGCGAAGCUGGAUUUCCCCUAAAUUCAGUUUAUGCAAAGCCUGCAAAUCCCAGUGAGGCUGAUCUCAUGAGACAGUAUUUUACCCAGUUACGCCAAGAAACAGGAAUGCGUGUAUGUGAGAAAGUUUUUGGUACAGAAGAUGGUAAACCCUCAAAGUGGUGGCUGUGCUUUGGCAAGAAGAAGUUUAUGGAUAAAUCACUUAGUGGACCAGGUCAAUAGACAAUGUACUUGAAGAAAAUUUGUAACUUGUAUUAAAUGUCUAUUACAGAUUUUUUAAAAACAA